AUGUCGAUGAACGACGGUGAAGUACAUCUAUUACCUUUAAUUGAUAAUAAUGAUUUCGAUAGUUCAUCAAGUGAAACAGAAGAUGAUGAUUCUAUCGAAGUCUUGUCAAAUGUGGAUGAAGAAGAGAACAAAAUUAUUGAUAUAACAAAAUAUUUAACAUUUAGCUCCAAUGAUGAAUCGGAAAUUGAUAAUAAUGCUAAUGAUAUUAUAUUACUUGAUAAUCAUGUUGUUCAAUGCUGUAACACUAAUGAUCGCAUUCAAAGUUCUGCACUUGAUGGUACAUGUUUAGAUUCUGGUUCUGAUGUAUCAGAUGAUGAUGUAAAUGAAAAUCACUUAUCCAAUGAAUGUACCACUAAUUCAACAUCAUAUUCAUUACCAGUUGCAACUGACGUCAAUGGAUUUAAUAAUGAUACGAAAAAAACUUCAAAACAUAAACCUCGUCAGUGGUCGAUUAUUGAAAAGCUUAAUCCUAUUAAUACUUUCAAAUCUAAUGGAAGUAAACAUCGAACUACUGUUAAACAUGGCUGUACAACAGCUCAAUUACGAAAAUGGUUUAAGUGUGAAAAUGAAUCAAAUCGUCAUCUAAAUGCUGAUGUUAUGUGUGAUUUACGUAAAAAACGAGUAGUAGUAGCUAUUAUACCAAGAGGUUGCACCAUGUAUAUGCAGGUGCUUGAUGUUUCUGUUUUUUCAGUUUUUAAGAAUCAUUACGACGAUGUUGUCGAAGAAUAUAUUGAUCACAAUGGACCAAGAAGUAAAAUAAAACUUACAGCAUCUCAAUCACGUAUUCUUUGCACCAGAUUUACAUGGUCUGCAUGGUUACGAACAUUAAAAAGCAUCGAUUUUGUUAAAGCAUUUCAAGAUAUUGGUUAUAUCCGGUCAGAUAAUUCACCAUUUUUUCUUCGUACAAUGCCUGGCUACACAUUUGAUCCAAGUUCAGCUGACUGGGUAUCGUCAAUCAAUGAUGAUAACGAUAUAGAAGAUCGUAUUGAUAUUGUCGCUGAUAAAGCAUCAGAACAACAACACACUCAGUCAUUAGCAACACGAUCAAAACAACUAACAUUAUUGAAUAUGUAG